GUCGACCUUGCCAAUUGCUCCAUCACCGCCAAUAUGACGAUUUCCGUCCUGAUUUACUACACGCGUCGCCCCGAAGUAACACCGGAGUAUUUUCAGACCUACAUGGAGGAGAGCCAUGCGCCCCUGAUCAAGGAGGUCUUCACCGAGCAUUCGCCACUGUCAUUCACGAUGCGCUAUGUUACCCGAGUCAGCACUGGCAUGGGAGACCGACUGGGAGCAGUCACCUCGAGUACAACAAAAGCCGAUCCCAACAGUGCCGUUGUUCUUGUCGGCGAACCCGCUGACAUCACAUGGGACGCGCUGUGCGAAAUGCAGUUCCGCGAUGAGCUGCACAUCCAGCAGUGUCUUGCCGUCAUGAACGAACCCGCAGGACAGCGAAUCAAGGAUGACGAGGAGACGUUUGCACUGACCGAGAAGACGACUGCCUUAAUUGUGGGCGAAACAAAGGUUAUGGUUUAAACUGCAGUCGGUCGACGACUGGUGUCGAGCAAGCCCUGGCACAAUUCAUUGUAUAUGUUGGAUCGCUUUAGUGACAUGUCAAGAGAACAUGGGUUUGCAUGCGGGUAGGGACUCGGAAUCGGAUUUUGGGACGGCAUUGGGAAAAGGGAAUAGCAUGGCAAGGCUUGGGAGUUGUUGUAAUAAUACUACAAUAAUUAUUCGGUUAGCGGAGAGUCUCACGGCACAGAUCAAGUGCUCCUAUUGCCUCCUCCCGCUCUUUUUGGAAGAAAUCAGAGGACUCGGAGGUAUUAAUUCACUUUUUU